ACACCCUCCACCGUUAACUCCCCUUCCCCUCCCCACUCGCCCCUCUCUCCUAACUCCCGAGCACGAAGAGGAGGAGAUAUGCGACAAUGACGUAAUCAACUUCUAGGGUUUACUACACGCACGCACCCUCUCUCACAGACACUUCCGCUACUCCACCACGGCAUCCAUGGCGUCCAUCUCCCUCCCCUCCCCCCAUCUCCUCCUCCACCGCCUCUCCCUCCGCUCCUCCUCCGCCCUAACCCUCGCCCCCUUCCCCUCCCUCCCCGCCCCGAUCGCCUCCACUCUCCGAUCCGAGGGCGUCGUCAAGGUAAAGAGCCAGGGAUCGCCGGAUCCGGCUCUGCUGCGAAAGCCCUUGGUCUCGCCGCCGACGACGACGGCGGCGGCGGCGGAGGCGGAGGAGCGGGAGAUCCCCGGCGACGGCGCCGCCGACGAGGUCGCCGUGGAGGGGCGGCGCGCGCGGGGCGGGAGGCGGCGGAAGAGCGGCGGGGAGGAGGAGGAGGAGGAGGAGCAGGGGAAGUGGGUGGAUUGGGAGGACUUGAUCCUGCAGGACACCGUGCCGCUCGUCGGAUUCGUGAGGAUGAUCCUCCACUCGGGAAAGUAUGGAAGUGGUGACAGAUUCAGUCCAGAACAUGAAAAGGCAAUUAUUGAAAGGUUGCUUCCUUAUCAUCCUGAGUAUGAAAAGAAGAUAGGAUGUGGGAUCGAUUACAUCACAAUAGGGUUUCAUCCAGAAUUCGAAAACUCUCGCUGUCUCUUCAUAGUUAGGAAGGAUGGCGAGCUCAUCGAUUUCUCAUACUGGAAGUGCAUCAAAGGUCUUAUAAGAAAGAACUACCCUUUAUAUGCAGAUAGCUUCAUUCUCAGGCAUUUCCGUAGGAGAAGGGACUACUAAAUGAAGGUUAGCCUAAGAGAAUCUUUGUAUUAAUGUAAAAAUCAUCGAUGUUUUCCCCUCUUUUUUUAAUAAAUUUGUGCUUGAUUUGUUAGUAGUCCAACUUUUCUUUUUUUUUAACAUGUAAUAUUCCCAAGUAUUUUAUGAGUUGAUAUCUUUCUCAUUCUGA